AUGGAUAGAACAACACUACUAAAUGAAUCCAAAUCAGUUAUUGAAUCAAUAUCAUCAUGGAAACAUAUCAAAGAAUGUCACACAACCGAUCCAUCAAUAACAACAUCAUUAUAUUCAACAAUACGUAACAAUGAGUUUUGGUGUUGUAGAAAAUCUAUUAUUCCUGGAGAGUUGAAACAUAGGUUGUUAGAGUGUAUUAUUGGUCAACCAACUCAAGGAUUAACUCAUUCAGAUCAUGAAUCCAAUUAUAUUAAGGAGAUUACAAGGAUCAAAGUGGAUGAUAUACAAGAAUAUCAUGAUGGAUGGAGUUAUAAACUAAUAGCAGAUUAUAAUUUUGGUGGGAUUUUAAGUAAACGGAAAUUUUAUGAAUUCCAACAAGUUUAUAAAUUUGAUAAUUGUGCUUAUAUUUUAAGUAUUCCAAUUCAAGGAGAAUCUAAUAAAGAGUAUGUGAUAGGUAAAUAUCAUUCAAUUGAGAGACUUUCAUGGAGUAAUGAAAAUGAAAAAGAUGGAAUUGAAUGGAUAAUGGCAACUACUUCAGAUGCUGGUGGAAAUAUACCUAAAUGGAUAACUAAAUUAAGUGUCCCUGGAGCAAUUGCUAAAGACGUUCCAAGUGUAUUAAAGUACAUACAAAAACAUAUGAAUUAA